AUGAGUUCUAUUUCUAUCAACCUCCUUGCCGGCCAACUACCCAGCAUGUCAUUCAAUCUCAAGAAGCAACAAAACAGUCUAAAACAAGCUAGAAAACGAAGAGAGAGAGAGAGGAACAAAGGAAAAUACAAAGGAAAGAAAAAGGAACCGCAAUUUCUGACUUCUGCUGAUCCUGCCAAUGCCAGUUUAGCAGCUACCGCGCCCUCUGCCACUCUAGGGCUUUCAACAGAAAUCCCAGCAGCAGGAAUCGAUGCGUUUCAUGGACAUGGGGCCCAAAUUCGGUCUCUCUCAUUGAGGUAA